AUGGCCCCUCUAAAGCUAACAGUAGCCCAAUACGCCACCUCCCCCACCCUGGCGGAAACUCUCUCGAACCUCAGGGAAAUAACCAUAGCCGCUUCCAGCACGGGCACAAACCUCGUCCUUUUUCCGGAGGCCUUCCUAGGCGGGUACCCGCGCACCAGCACCUUCGGAGCAAGUAUAGGCUCCAGGACGGAUACGGGGAGAAACCAGUACCAAAAGUACUGGGCGCAGGCCGUCGACCUGGGCGAUACCCACCCGGACGGACUAGGCGUGUACGAUGCCCCGGGGGACGGCACGCGCGAGUUCUUGGAAGGUCUGGCCCAGAACACGGGGGUGUUUUUGGCGGUUGGGGUGGUGGAGAAGGUUGGCGCUACACUGUUUUGCGGGGUCGUGUUUGUGUGUCCGAGGGGGGGCAUUGUGGGGAAGAGGAGGAAGGUCAUGCCGGUUGGUGUUCCUUUCUUGCUAGUAGAUGUCAGGGCAGAGUUUUCUAUAACGCUGAUCAAGCGAGGGGGAGGAUAAGACCGGUACUGAAAGGGUAGUUUGGGGGAUCGGAUCUCCAAAGACCUUGAAAGCUCUCAAGACCGAUAUUGCCGGUCAGAAGGUCAUACUUGGUGCAGCGAUAUGUUGGGAGAAUUAGUAUUACUCCCCCCCCCCGUACAUGUACUUAAAAACCAUUCGUACGAUACACCAGCAUGCCCCUCCUACGUGCGACCCUCUACACUCAAAACACAAGCAUAUACCUCGCGCCGACUGCCGACGCCCGCGAAUCCUGGAUCUCAACAAUGCAGCACAUAGCCCUAGAAGGCCGAUGCUACGUGCUCGGGUGUAACCAAUUCGUGACGAACAUCACGCUCCCGCCAUUCGCGGACGAUGCGGCCGCCUCAACGCGUCCCGAAGAGAUGGGGACAGAUAUGGCGGGAGAAAAAGUUUUAUGUAAUGGCGGGUCUGUAGUGUUUGGCCCCAUGGGGGAGGUCCUUGCGGGGCCGCUGUGGGGAACAGAGGGCACAUUGAGUGUCACUGUCGAGGAUCUGGAGGGGGAUGUAGUGAAAGCGAAGAUGGACUUUGACGGUGGGUUUUCGGGACAUUAUUCCCGGAGCGAUGUGUUUAGGUUGGAGGUUGCGGGGCUAGAGUUGUGAGUGGGGGGGUGGGUGUUGCAGUGCCGUUUAAGAGGAUGUAAGUGGGCAAAUUGACAAGAUAAAUUAGCAAC